CUCCAGAGCGCCCUCGACGCCAAAUCCUUGCGGCUGCUCGGCUGCUGCGCUCCAGGGAAGCCGCUGCAAGAACUCCCCCAGCAAUCAUGACUGAGGCUCACAUCCGUUCUGAGAAGGUGACUCUUUUCCGCCAGGAAGCGCUCCAAGGCCUCACCUAUCGCAUCCCAGCCCUGCUGUACCUGCCCCUGGAGUCCACUUUCUUGGCUUUUGCGGAGGAGCGCUCAUCGCCCAGAGAUGAAGAUGCCCUCUUCCUGGUGAUGAGGCGAGGGCAGAAGCAAGGCACAUCUGUCCAGUGGGGUCCUCAGGAGUCUAUGAUGACCGCGACACUGCCGAAACACCGGACCAUGAAUCCUUGCCCAGUGUAUGAGAAAAGCAGUGGCACUGUUUUUCUCUUCUUCAUCUGUGUGCAGACCCACAUUUCAGAGGGUCACCAGAUCAGGACGGGGAAGAACGCUGCCCGGCUGUGCUACGUCUUUAGCCAAGAUGGAGGCCGCACCUGGAGUCAGACGACAGACCUGACGGAGGAGGUGAUUGGAGAGGACUUGGUCAACUGGGCCACCUUUGCUGUUGGGCCUGGCCAUGGCGUGCAGUUGAGCUCGGGGCGUCUGGUGAUUCCCGCAUACACCUACUACAUCCACAGGCGCUGUUUUGGCCACUCGGUCCCAUGCUGGACCAACCCUCAUAGCUUCAUGUUUUACAGUGAUGACUUGGGACAGAGCUGGGUCCGGGGCCAGCUCCUUGAGAAUUUGCAGACCUCGGAGUGCCAGGUUGCUGAGCUGACCCGCGAGGAUCGUAGCCCAGUGUUAUACUGCAGUGCUCGCAGUCAAAAGAGGUACCGAGCGGAGGCCUUCAGCAUGGACCAAGGGGACCGUUUUGAAGAUGCUUCCCUAUGCAAGGAGUUGUAUGAGCCACCAAAUGGUUGUCAAGGCAGCGUAGUGAGUUUCAGCCCUGUGCUGGAUCCAGGCACCCAUCCCUCUUCGUCCUCCCUAGGUAAUACCAAGCAAUGGCUGAUGUUCUCCCAUCCCACCCACAGACACAGGCGCCUGGAUCUGGGCAUCUACCUUAAUGAUUCCCCACUGGAGAAGGGUUCUUGGAGAGCUCCCCAGGUGAUAUAUGAGGGGCCCAGUGCCUACUCGGAUCUGGUGGUGUGUGAGGAAGGGAGAUCACUGCAGUUUGCCUGUUUGUUUGAGUGUGGGAUGCACCACCCUAACGAAGAGAUCGCCUUCCAGUUUGUCAACAACCCUGAACUCCUGAGGAAUGGAAGAAACGCAGGCUUGGACCAGGGAAACCUGCUGGGGUAUGCGAAAAGCAAGUAAAACCGCACAUGCAGAAGCA